CCAAUGGGUAUUUUCUUUUUCUUAGCCCUGCCCCUGGAUUGUCAGACGGCGGGCGUCUGCCUCUGAAGUCAGCAGUGAUUUCCUCUAGAGCCCAGCCUUAUCUCCGGCUGCACGUUGCCUGUUGGUGACUAAUAACACAAUAACAUUGUCUGGGGCUGGAAUAAAGUCAGAGCUGUUUACCCCCACUCUAUAGGGGUUCAAUAUAAAAAGCUGGCGGAGAGCUGUCCAAGUCAGACGCGCUCCUGCAUCUGCUGGGGCGAGCCGCGAGGGUCCCUGGUCUCCGCUGCUGUCCCCGACGCCACCGGCUGCGCGCGUCCUCAGACCGCUCCCACUGCCUCUCUCCCGGCAGAAACUUCUUUCCUCCCCGCUGAGGAGCUCCGGGGCUGCCGGAUCGGAUCGCUCUGAGAGCAGAACAACCAGAAGCGCUUAGGGGAACUGAAGCGGCGUCUCUUCGUUUCUACUCUGGGCUUAGUUUGCAGGGAAUUCUGAUUGUUUUCAGAAUGGAUUACUUCCCCGUGAUUUUCUCUCUGCUGUUUGUGGCUUUCCAAGGAACUGCAGGAACAGCCGUCUUGGGCGCUGAGCUCAGCACGGGGGCGGACAGCGGAAGAGAGGAGCCCUCUCCCAGUGCACCCCGCCGCUCCAAGCGCUGCUCCUGCUCAUCCCUGCUGGAUAAAGAGUGUGUCUACUUCUGCCACCUCGACAUCAUCUGGAUCAACACUCCCGGGAAAAUUGUUCCAUAUGGACUUGGAAACCCUCCUAGGACCAAGCGAUCCUUAAAGGAUUUAUUUCCUACAAAAGCAACAGACCGGAGGGACAGAUGCCAGUGUGCCAGCCAAAAAGACAAGAAGUGCUGGAAAUUUUGCCAACCAGGAAAAGAACUCAGGGACCAAGACACUAUGGAGAAAGGCUGGGCUAAUCACAAGAAAGGAAAGGACUGUUCCAAGCUUGGAAAGAAGUGUAUUCAUCAGCAGCUGGUGGAAGGAAGAAAAAUGAGAAGGUUGGAGGCCAUCAGCAACAGCAUCAAAACUUCUUUCCGUAUCGCAAAGCUGAAAGCCAAGCUCUCCGGAGAGAAGAAAGUGACCCACAACCGAACACACUGAUUACAGCCGUCGCGUCCGAAGCCUCCUCCUCCACAGAGACAGCGUGCUGCGCGGCUGGCUGACCGCUCUCUCUCCACACUGGCCUGCAUCACAGCAAAAGCAUCCUUCCUACUUAGAGCAUUUCUUGCUCCAGCCUGGCCACGGAUCAGCGUCCUCCUUCUAAACAUUCCAAAAACGGUUAAGGAGUCCCCUGACCCAUCUUCAUUGACUUCCAUCAGUGGUAACUGCUUUUGUCUGUCCUCCUUUGGAGUGACAAUGGACCAUUCUGAGAAAGCAGAGAGACACGAUGACUUGUAAAUUAUGGUGGCUUCCUCCACAGGGAGGAGAGGAGACUCCACUUGCCGGUGGGGUUCCUGAAGAGGGUAGGAAGGAAGUGUUUGUGUCUCACUCAGGCGCCCGGCACAGUUCAGGGAGAAACUGCAUCGUCCAGGAAGAGAUUUCCUAAGGAAUGCACAAAUUGAAAACAUACUCGAGUUAAAAACAACAACAACUCCAAAAUCUUUAUUUUUUAAUUCACAAAAUGCAAAACUGAAACUGUUACUACUAUAGAUCAGGAUGUGUUUCAUAAAUAUGAGUCUACCUCACCUGUAUUGCACUCUCGCACAGAUAUUUUCCCACCUUUAAUUAUUGCCUCCCAAACUCUUCCCCCUCCCCUCCUGUUACCCCCUCCCCUGAUACCUCCAUCCUAAAUCCUAGCCUCAUAGAAGUCUUGUCUAAUGUGUCAGUGGUAGAUAUAACAUUUUCAUGGUAAUCUACUAGCUCCGAUCCAUAAGAAAAAAGAUCAUUGAAUCAGAAGAUUCCCUUACCUUGAUUUUUGGAAACGCAAUGGUAUAGGGUUGUUUAUGAAAGACAUUGAAGAGUAAACGUUGGUUGUGCUUUAAAGCAGUAAAAUUAUUUUUCUUUAUGUAACUGGCAAAUGGAAGAGAUUGGAUUAAAUUUUGAUGUACUUAUUUUUUUAUAGAUAUUUAUAUUCAAACAAUUUAUUCCUUAUAUUUACCAUGUUAAAUAUGUCUGGGCAGGCCAUAUUGGUCUAUGUGUUUUUUAAAAAUGUAUUUCUGAAUGAAAUUGAGAAAAUGCUUUGUUUUGCCUGUCAAGGUAAUGACUUUAGAAAAUAAAUAUUUUUUCCUCUAC